AUGGCUUCGGCGCAGAGUGCUCCGUCGUCGCCGACACUCGGUCGUACCCAGAGGGAGGGGGUAGUCACUGAUCCACCGAAAUUCGACCUUGAAUCAUACAUACAGAAUUACCAAGGCAGAACCCGACUCGAGCGACUCAUCCACAUCGGUGCUUGCUCCACCUUCCUUGGGCCAGAUGCCCUCAAACUCGCCGUGCGGGAAGCGAAGGCCGGGAAGGAUAUCCGGAGAUAUCUAGAGGCGCAGAGUCAUCUGGAGGCGAUCGCGCCGCGGGAACAGGAGGCUGUUAUGGAUAGGUCGUGGGUUGACACGGUGGAUAAACAGAAUAAGGCGGAGUCGAAGCGGUUGGAAGCUGAACUUAAGGGAUAUAAGAAUAAUCUUAUCAAGGAGAGCAUUCGGAUGGGCAACGAGGACCUGGGAAAGCAUUACCAGGCGAUUGGCGAUCUUUCGAAGGCGUUUGAGGCUUUUGGUCGCAUGAGGCAGGAUAUCAGUGUUGCGAAGCAUAUUAUAGACGUUAGCCGUCACCUCGUCGAAGUGGCUGUUGAGCAGAGGAACUGGAUCGCCGUUUCGUCCAACGUGCAGAAGAUUAGGAGCCUUGCGCCGCCGACUUCGGUUUCUGCGGAUCCUCCAUUACAGCCUUAUCUCUCGGCCACGGAGGGACUUGCGCAGUUCGAUGCGGGGAUAUACCGAAAUGCUGCUCUUUCGUUUCUGCAGACUGAGACUGGUAUGGGCUCUACGUGUGCUACGAUAAUGAGCCCGAAUGAUGUUGCGAUUUAUGGUGGGCUGUGUGCGCUUGCGACUAUGGACCGUAACGAGUUGCAAUCGAAAGUUCUGGAUAAUACGCAUUUCCGGACUUAUCUAGAGCUCGAGCCGCAUAUUCGAAAGGCCAUUGCCUUCUUCGUGAAUAGCAGGUAUACACUUUGUCUAGAGAUUCUCGAAGGGUAUCAUACGGACUACCUCCUAGAUAUAUAUCUGCAGAGGCACGUUACUAUACUCUAUCAAAAGAUCCGGAGCAAGUGCAUCGUUCAAUAUUUCAUCCCGUUCUCCUUCGUCACUCUUGACAAUCUAAACGAAGCCUUUUGCUCGCCGGGGAAGACCAUAGACAAGGAGUUGUCGGGAAUGAUUCAAGCUGGAGAGCUCAAUGCGAGGAUCAACACGGUUGAUCGGCUUCUCGAGGCCCUGCCGUCUAAUCAGCGCGCCGAAGCCCAACGCGAGGCCCUCCAAAUGGCCGGGGAUUUUGAGCGCGAAGCCCGUCGUCGCAUUCUGCGCAUGAACAUCGGCAUGGCUGAUCUAGAAGUCAAGGGACUAAAGCGCGGCGGGCAGCAUCCAGGCGCUGUGGACGAUUUCUUCGAUGCUCAUGCCCAUGCUGGCGGCAACGUCCAUGUAAGCAACUUUUAA